AUGCCCUCGAACACUUGGCAUGCAUUCCUAACGGGAAACUUCCAGGCUGCAGAAUUCUUCGUGGCGCAGUUCUCGGCCUCAGCCCUAUACUACUCCUCGUGUGAACCCCAAUUCCACUACUCCGUACCCCCGGCAUUUCUCCACCCAGGCCCAACUCGUCCACGCCAACCCACCACCUCCACACCAGUGGCGCCACCAAUCCAUUCUGGCAGCUCGUUGAGGUCAUCGACGUUGUGGGCUAUGCGUCAACUGGAGCGGAAAAUCGGCCUAGCACCACCGCACCGCACCGUUACGUAUUACGGAAAACGCGUCGAGCUGGCCCAUCACGGCGUCCACGCGCUGUACAACAACCCCGACAUGCAUACAUGA